AUGUCGUCCCACGCCCUGGCCAACAGCCCCGCGUUCCUUGCCGCCUGCAUCGCCGCCGUCGCCGCGCUGUUCGGGUCCAUCGCCAUGGGUCCCGUGCGCGUCGGUGCCAGCCUGGCGCUGUUCACGUUCACGUCUGUCGUGCUCUGCCAGUACCGCGGCUGCUGCGGCGCAACGACAGCGAGCACCGCCUACUUUUUGACCCGCAUGGCCUCGGUCGUCGCGGGCUGCGUGUGGGCGGCCCUGGUGUCAAACCUCCUGCUGCCCAGCUACACCAGCGACUGGGCCAUAGAUCAGCUGGCGACCUGCCUGGAGAGGUCUGCGGUCCUGAUCUCAGAUCUCUACAACCACCAGUUCCGCGCCAUGCGCGCCGCCGCCGCGCGCUCGGGCCUGAUCUGCGACGCCGACACCGCCGCCGCGGCCUCCGCCGCCGCCGCCGCGGCCGCCGCCUUCGGCCCCGCCCCGGCGCCGGCCGGGAAGGAUGCGGUUGGCGCUGCAGGGGCGGCGGCGGAAGCGCAGCAGUCGCUUGAGGCGACAGAGUUGGCGCUGGCGGCGCGGCUGCGCCCGGAGGUCGUGGCGCCGCUGCUGGCGGUGCAGGCGGCGCUUGAGAAGGAGAGCGUGUCGUGGCGGCGAGGGCCGCUGGCGACGCCGAAGGUCGCGCGCGACGUGCUGGCGGGGCUGCGGGUGCUGGCCCAUGCGAUCGUGGCCCAGCGCAUCACCCUGUCACCCGCGCCCACCAUGGCCCCCUCGUCACUCACCGGCCACGGCUACUUCUUCAUGGGGCCCCUCCACGACACCUGGGUGGCCGUCGUCGCCUCAGUGCAGGCGCUCGCGGCGGCGGCCGCCGCGCAGCUGCGGCGGCCGACGGACGCGGGCGGCGCGGCGCUCGCGGCGGAGAUCGAGCGGUUAGAGCAGCUGCGCAUGCAGCUUCGCGGCGCCUUCCUCGCCGUCCGCCGCGCCCGCCACUCCUCUGUCCGCCAGCUCUCCCGCCGCUUUGCCUCCUUCGGCCGCUCCUUCGGCGACCUCCCCGCCGUCGCCGCCGCCGCAGAGUCCGCAGCGGCGGCAGCGGCGGCGGCCGGGGGCGGGGCGGAGGGGGCGGCGGCGGCGGCGCGGGCGGCGGAGGGCGUUGAUGGGGGGCUGCGGCUUGAGGUGUCUGAUCUACCUGGGGUUCAGGACAGCGUCCAGUACUUUGCCUGGCAGUUUGCGGCCAGCCGCUGCCUAAACGAAAUCACGGCUGUCGCCCGCCUGGUGCUGUGGGCGUCUGAGAAGCGCCGCCGCCGCGCCGCCGCCGCCGCAGCCCGCGGCGGGCGCCUUGCGCGGUGGGCGGGCGGCGCGCGGGAGCUGGCGGGGCGCGUGCUGGCGUCGCUUUGA